GUACGCGGGGGAUGCGGAGGGCCGCGGUGGCAUCUACAACUUCGUAACCAAGAGGGGCGUCUGCGCAGGGGAAAGGGCCAAAAUUAGCUGGACGCAGGUGGAGACCGGCAGCGCGAUCACCUGGAAGUACCCCAGCGUGGUGCUCAAGGGCGACGGCAGCGUGGGCGAGUUCUACAGCGUGGCCCUCACCAACAACAAGCAGCAGGCCGACACGGGCACCAAGAUGAUCCACGUCGGGAAGAACACGCGCAGCCGCAUCAUCUCGAAGGGCAUCUCGGCGGGGCAGAGCCGCAACGCGUACCGGGGCCUGGUUCAGGUGCAGCCUGGCGCCACAGGGGCGCGCAACAACAGCCAGUGCGACAGCAUGCUUAUCGGGGACACCGCGGGCGCUAAUACGUACCCCUACAUCCAGGUGCGCGAGCCCAGCGCGGUGGUGGAGCACGAGGCGUCCACCUCCAAGAUUGGGGAGGACCAGCUGUUCUACUUCCAGCAGCGCGGCAUAGAGGUGGAGGAUGCUGUAGGGGUCAUCAUCAGCGGGUUCUGUCGCGAGGUAUUCAAUGAGUUGCCGCUGGAGUUUGCCGCGGAGGUCAACGAGCUGAUGAGCCUCAAGCUUGAGGGCAGCGUGGGGUGA